AUGGCAAACCAGCCUCAUGCGAGCCUUGCCGCGGAGACAAAGUCCGCUGUGACCAUGCAUUACCUGAACCCUCAGUCAAACGAGACAUCACUCUACCCGUCCGUGUCUGGUGUGGAACAAGAGAGCUCUUCUGGGCGUACCUCAACCCGCACCCAACCACUACUAUCCGGGUAUUUUGGCCCAACGAGCUUCGUGUCGCCCCUAACUGAGGAUGUCGACUUGGGCUCAGACGGUCUGAGUCUGGGCAUGGAGAUGGAAUCUGCCCAGAGAGUCCUACCCCCAUAUUGGGUCCAAAAGAUCUCAGAGAUUCUAUUGAUACUGAAUGAUUUUGCCACAGUGGAGGCAUUAAUCCGCGAUUAUUAUGCACUAAGCCAAAGCGCCGUUAUACCAGCACCAUUCGUGCUGAACAGCCUUGAUCCGAUCAAAUCCAUGUGCAAAGAGAACAUAUCAGACCGUAAUCUUGCUGGUUUCGCAUCUUCCUUGACAGUAAGCAUAAUACAAAAUACGUCUGAGAUUUUCGAAGUUCCGUCUGCGAUACACGGGCAAGACUUCCAUACGCUAUUUACGGGGCCAGCAAUCCGUCUUGAGAUCAUUGGGCUCCUCUGCGCUCUCGCUGGCCGGGCAAGAUAUCUGGGGCUCGCUAGUGACAGGUUCGAUAACGACCGAACCGCACGGUCUCAAUAUGCGCAUACGAUGCUUAAAGCCAGCGAUACCGCACUACACGUUUCCAAAAUCCUUACGCCACUCAAUGACCUGACAAUAUGGUUGGUGCAUGAAAAUCUCCUGUUGUCGGAUAUAGUACACGGUGACUCAAGUCCCGCCUGUUGGAAGCGACUCGGCGAUCUCUCAACCGACAUAUUCGCACUAGGUCUCCACCGUGACUCUAAGACCUCGAGCAAUAUACCCGAAUUUCUCUUGGAGUCACGUAGACGGCAAUUCGCUGCAGCGUAUCAGCUCGACAAGAGCAUUGCCACAUUCUUAGGCCGACCACCAAGAAUACCAUGGCGAUAUGCCGAUUGUCGCAUGCCACUUGAUAUCAGCGAUGAGACACUCGCUACCGAUAACAUGGCCCUGGGUUACUCUCACAACUACGUUGAUGAGAAUGGCUGGAAUCUCCAACGAGUGGUCCAGCGGUCAUCAUGGAUACGAGUGCGGUUUAUCAUCAGCACAUUUCGAGAUGAGAUUCUCGAGGUCUCUUUACAGAAUAUGACCCCCGAGAUAGAAAAUAUGCUCAAGUCGUUCAUCCCCUUUUUUCUACUUUAUUUUCAGUCGCUGAUACCAUCCAGGAAUAUCUCGCAGAGAUGUCAUCUAGCAUGGGAUUCGCUCCCCAAUUGGCUUCGCUACAGCCCAAAAUGUUGGGAACAGAAUUUACACAUUGCAGUAUCCCUUAUGAUGAUUAUUUCAUAUCUGGCAUACCUAUACAACGACUUCCUCAUCCAGCGACUCAUUGCCGGGAAGAAUAAUCCACGCGGAAACAGAGCACUGCUCACUGUCAGCGCUGACAUACUAUCAACAGUCCUAACAUUAGGCAUGCAACGUGAACAAAUGGUCGAUCUCCGACCAGAUUUUGCGUGGACGGUCCUGCUCUACGGAUUCCCUAGUGCCAGUCUACUUAUAAAAGCCCUACAGCACCAAAAACGCACAGGCGAGCCGUUCCUCUAUGAAGGAUCGAGGUCGGCACUGAUCCGCAAUUUGAGUGUCUUUAUUUCGCAUCUCGAAUCUAUCGUUCGGCCGGAUAAUGCUAACUAUGCUCUCUUUCAACGGGCCAGUCAGCUGUUCUCAAAGAUUAUCGAUGAGAUUCUAGAGCCGCAGUCAAUUCUUCCGGACUCGAAUCAUGGGGAUGCGUCUGCUUUUGAAUUUGAUCCGAUGAUUGAGGUUGACGGACUGGAUUUGUUUAAUAACAUAGAUUUGGGGGUCGCAUUUAACCAGUGGUUGCUUUAA